AUGACAGGGAAAAAACUACCCGUUCUGGUUAUUGCAGCCAUUCUUGUUGUUGCCGGUAUUUAUCUGGCCACAGCUUAUAAUACACUGGUGCGCAAAGAAGAAAAGAUAAAACUGCAGUGGAAUGAAAUACAGAAUGUGUACCAGCGCAGGCUGGAUUUGGUUCCCAGCCUGGUGAAUACGGUAAAGGGGCUGGCAGAUUUUGAACAGACCACCCUUGAAAAUAUUGCUGAGGCAAGAAGCAGGGCUGCACAGGUAAGCGUAUCUUCCACCAAUCCCAGUGCAGCAACCUACCAGCAGCAGCAGGCAGCGCAGGACAACCUUGCAUCGGCUACCAACCGCCUUUUAAUCAGCGUAGAGAAAUACCCUGCUUUGAAGGGAACGGCUGCUUUUGCAGGACUUCAAACCCAGCUGGAAGGCACAGAAAGAAGGAUAAAAGUAGCCAGAAAGGAUUUUAAUGCUGCCGUGGCAGAUUAUAAUAACAGCGUAAGAAGUUUUCCUUCCAGUAUCGCUGCCCGUCUUUUUUCCUUUAAAACAAAAGAAGGGUUUGAAGCUGUUGUAAAUGCCGAUAAGGCCAUUGAAAUAAAAUUUAACUAA